AUGACAGGCAUCGUAGUCGAGCGUAAGAUUAACCUAGUGCGAGUUGCGCACGUGUACUACACACACAAGGAUAUCGAAACUGCUCGCCGCUUCCUGGACGAUUUUGGACUCAAGGAAUGUAAGCGAUUCGGCAACAAGACGUACUACCGUGGCUACAGCCGCGAACCCUUUCUGUACUGUGCGAUUGAGGGUGAUGAGCCUUCCUUUGGCGGUGCCGCCUUUGUCGUCGAGACGCCGGAGGAUUUGGAGCUUGCGUCGCGAACAAUACCCGGCGCCUCGGAGAUUUACGACCUGACAGAUGCGCCGGGCGGCGGCAGAUGCGUCACUUUCCACGAUCCGGUCGAUAAUUUCCCAUUCCACUUAGUGCAUGGACAGACUCAGCUAGACGAGGAGAUUGUGCUCCCAGAGUUGAACUUCAACUUUCCAGGAAACAAGAACCGUGGCGGUGGCCAAUAUCAGCGAUUCGACAAACGCCCUGCUCCGGUGCACAAGCUCGGUCACUUCGGCAUGUGUGUAACAAACUUUGAUAAGGCUUUCGAGUUCUACACGUCACGGUUCAACUUCUAUCCUAGUGAUCUUGGACAUAACCCAGAGGGCAAGAAUGUGAUAGCCUUCAACCGCCUGAUGCGAGGAAAAGAACUGGUUGACCAUCAUACCUUUUUCUUCUUCGAGGGCCCCAAGGCGCACGUCCACCACUCAUCGUUUGAGACGCAUGACUUCGACACGCAGGUCCUCGGCCACGACUGGCUGCGCCACAGGGGCUGGGAGAAUUGCUGGGGAAUCGGUCGACACGUAAUGGGAAGCCAGAUUUUCGACUACUGGUUUGACGCGUCCAAAUUUAUCCUCGAGCACUAUGUCGAUGGUGAUCUCUGCAAUGACAGCCAAGAAACCGUCGUGUCCGAAGCGUCGCAUAAGAACUUAUAUGUGUGGGGACCUGAUCUCCCGCCAACCUUUCUCGAGUAG